CGAGGUACGGUGUUGCAGACGCUGCAGAGGAUGUCCGAUGGUUUAGGAGAGGGUUAUGAAAUGUCACGAGCUUGCGGAUGAAAUAAUCAGCCAAUUUGAGGUGCUCCGAUGGCGUUACGGGCGGCAUCACCACCUCCUGCUGGCAAAUUUGGAGUUUACGAGAAUGCCGCUGUCGCCUCGGCACUUUCCCAUCAGGCGAUCCGCCGAAGACCGUGGCAUUUUCCAUUCAUUCUGACGCUCUGUUGUGCUGCGUGUUCAGCCGUAUGGAGCAUCUAUUCAAGAUCGCAGGCUUUGACAGACAAUCUUGCGACGCUGGGCAUCAGUCAGAGUUUUGCUGCUGCAUCUGUCCAAGUGGCCCUGUGGAUUGUGAUUAUCCUCUUUCUCAUGACUUUGUCCGCACUAUGCAAAGUAUUGAGUGUGCAGUCGCCCCAAGAAUCACAUAUUGGCGUGAGUCUAAGAUCUAGUGGCACCACCACAGUUAUUGGAUCACCCAUAUCCUCGUUCGCGUCACCUGGCAGCACUGGCUUCAAACCUCUGAAAUCAAGAGACUCUCCUCAAGAAUUCUCGAGUGCAACGAGGCAACGGCCUCCAAGAGCCCGGCAAUCACCUGGACAAUCUCAGUCCCCUGUUCUUGUUCCUAUCCAUCCUAGCGUGCUUAAGAGCAAGCCACUUUCCAGUCCGUGGUCUGGAUUGAAUGGAUUCACGGGGCCUGUAAAGAGUCCUGUUCAGAAAACAUCUGCGUCGUCUGCUCCGUCUGGGUCUCCAUUUCAAGCUACACCUUUUCCUGCACCACCACUUCCAACGACCCCAGCUAGUCAGUUGCAAAAUUCUCCCGGCAGUUUGAGUUUUUGGCCUAAUCACAGAACUCGCUCUGGACGAUUGGACUUCGGGAAGGAUGAACUUGAUAGUGAAAAAAAACUAGCAGAGUUUUUGGCAGAAGUGGAUGACAAACUUGCAGAUGCCUGUGGAAAGUCUGGGGGUCAGGCCACUCCUUCGCCUACAGUGCAAGGUGUUGCCAAUGGUCCAAGUCCAAGUCUCGCUCUGGUGCCAGCUCCAGUUGCAAGCACUCCCAGAACACCCAUGCGAGCCCUACGUAUGUCUCCUAGCGCCCAGAAGACGGGGUCACCUAAGAAAGGAGAGGUGGAGAUACCACUGCCUAUGUCCAUGGAACAAGCAUUGGAAGUGUUUAAGAAGCUUGGGAUCUAUCCUCAAAUCGAACAGUGGAGGGAUAGCCUCCGACAGUGGUUUUCUGAUAUGCUACUGAAUCCGCUUGUUCGAAAGAUCGAUUCCAGCCAUUUACAGGCUAUGGCUGCCGCUGCACAACUUGGUUCGACAAUCAAUGUUUCUCAAGUUGGAGGCUUGAAGCAAGACACAACAUCCGUACCAAUCUCCGCGGAUGGUUCUCUUCAGGAAUGGCUCACUACUAUGGUUCCUGACGAGGAUUCUCAGCUGCAUCAACUCCGUGCCCACCUUUUGCAAGCCCGUGAUGGACCUGUAUCUGUCCAGCAAAACUCUUUAUUCGGUCUUGCUCCACCUCAAGAGAAAGUGUAUAACCCUCAUAUUCAAGCAUGCCUAGAUGCCGUGACUGAGCAUCAAAGACUGAAGGCUCUCAUAAAAGGAGAGUGGGUGAAAGGACUCCUCCCUCAGAGUAGUGUCCGAGCAGACUACACCGCUCAACGAAUUCGAGAUUUGGCUGAGGGGACUUGUGUGAAAGCGUAUGAGUACAUUCCGAACGGGGAGGUUUAUGAUAAAGUCUCCAAGCGAUGGACAGCUGAUCUUCCCUCUGAUGCCCACUUGCUACUUUACCUGUUUUGUGCGUUGCUGGAGCAUCCUCAGUGGAUGCUGCAUGUGGACCCGACCUCAUACCCCAGCACCCAGUCUGGGAACAACUCCCUUUUUGUUGCCAGUUUGCCACACAAGGAGCGGUAUCCAGAAAAGUAUAUUGCUAUAAUAUCAGGCGCCCCAUCUAUCUUACAAGCCGGAGCAACAGUUUUAGCAGUUUCCAAGACCAGUCCUCCAAUUUUUGCUCUGUACUGGGACAAAAAAUUACAGUUCUCCUUCCAGGGACGAUCUGCACUGUGGGAUGCGAUUCUGCUUCUGUGCUAUCGCAUAAAAGUGGCACAUGGUGGGGUUGUAAGAGGGAUCAACCUAGGCUCUCCCGCAUUCAACCUUCUCUCAGUUUUAGAACCUUCGCCUGAAAGCCCUGUAAAGUAAUUGACUCACAUUCGUUUCUGCAAAUGCAGCCAAUGCACCUCUUAACUGUAGGCAAGGUGAAUAUAACGAUGCAAAUACGAGUGAUAUCCUUAGCUGAUACCGUUCAGGAAGGUAUCUAACAGGAGGAGGCCCUGUCUAGAGAGAAUUUUUUUUUUUGGUUCUUACGGUAUGCAUUCUUGCAUUUUCACCAAUAGUGGCACGCUUUGCCAGAUUUGUUGGAAGAGAAUCACGGGUUGUUGUUCCCCUCCCACUCUCACCCUUACGGUGGAAUCGGCUGUCAGUGUAGCUAGUUAAUUUUGACCACUCGCCAGUGUUAUUCUUCACGGGAGAAGACUCUGGAUGUUGACUUGGAGGGUUGUUAUUUGCCAUGAAUUCCAAGUGCUGCCUAGUAAAGAAAAGAAAAUGUAUCGCUUUGUCUA